AUGCGGCCGAGUGGAGCCGCCGCGGUGGCCGUGGGGCUGUGGGUCUUGGUGACAGUCAGCGUGGAGGCGGACCCAGGCGUGGCUGCGCCCCGGCGCUGCCUCCUCUCGCACUACCGUUCGCUGGAGCCCAGGGCGCUGGCAGCGGUCAAGGCGCUGAGGGACCGCUACGAGGAAGAGACGCUGAGCUGGAGGCCGCGCAACUGCUCCUUCCGCCCAAGGAGGGAUCCCCCGCGACCCUCGUCAUGCGCCCGGCUCCGCCUCGUGGCACGGGGCCUCGCGGACGCCCAGGCCGUGCUGAAGAGACUGCCGAGCCCCGAGCUGUUCCCCGGCUUCGUCCCGACCCUGGAGCUGCUAGCGGCCGCGGGGCGGGACGUGGCGGCCUGUCUCGAGCUGGUGCGGCCAGGCUCCUGGAGGAAGUCCCUCCGGCCACCUAGAAGGCGUCCCCAAACGCGGAGAGCUGACUCGCCUCGGUGCCACGAAGCCACCGUCAUCUUCAACCUCCUGCGCCUGCUCACGUGGGACCUGAGGCUGGUGGCGCACCCAGGACCUUGUCUCUGA